AUGUACGUUUCGGACGAAAAGGGAUCGACCUGUGCUGCUGAACGGGAGGCCUAUCUGCUCAGGAAUUUCGAUUUCGAAUGCCCUGGCACCAGGUUUCUGGCUGUUUCUCUUUGGGAUAAUGGCAUAGGCGCCAACAUGAACUACAUUGCUGUGCCGGCCCUUAUGGCGGGGCUUGUCACAAACCGUGUUGUACUGUUUGUCAAUAAAGUUCCUGGAAAACGCAAAAUAAUGAGCACCAGGUGGUCUUUAGCAUCGUGCCCUCGGAGGGAUUUUCAGUGCUUUUUCAAAGCCGCUUCACCAUACGUACCCACAGUCAAGGAGCUCAACGAAGCGUACGGCCUAACUAGAACGGAGAAGCAGGAUCUAUUUCACCGGGGAGAAGUUCCAAUUGGUCAUGAAAACGACAAGGUCAUCUACAUGAUGGGGUUGCAAAAAACUCCGAGCAUGCAUUUAGGAGGCAGGCUAGAGUCCACGCUUUACAACAUUUCCAUGUCACUAAUUGACAGCGCCGCGACGAAGGUUGCUGAUCCGGCACUACUUCGAAGUGCUGCAGAUUCAAUCACGAGUCAAGACGGGAAUCGACCAGGAUAUCACUUUCAAUUUUCUACCUCCAAAAUUCAUCAUGGACUUCUUUUCUACGCCCUCAGACCGAGCUUGUUGUCGAAACAUAGAAUCAACAGUAUCUUGAAUCAAGUUGUCCCGGCCAACUUUGACCCAGCCAAAUCGAUCGGCUUGCCAAUCAGAGGUGGGCUAUUCUUCAAGAAGAUAUUUAGCCUAUAGUGUUCGUCCUUUCUUACCAUCCCUUAUUUCAGCGUCCGAUAAAUGUGUCCGGGAGAGCGAGUGUCUGAGUUUUCUUCAGCAUAUGCAAGUAGCAGGAAAAGCAUGGAAACGCCACCAAGAGGCGUUUCCAAUGGAUGAUAGAUUUCGCCCAAUUAUUCUGUUCACAACUGAGUCGAGUGUCAUGCUAAAUGAACAGCAUACCUUCGUGAAUCGGUCCGGUUCAAGGCACUUGGACUUUGUCUCAAACAAAUUUGAUGUCACUCCUAAUGCCGGACGAAUCUACGAGAGCUCGAAAUUCACUGCAGAUCAGGCAAUGCUCUCUUCUGUAGUGACAUUGAAGCUGCAACUCAUGGCUCGGAUAACUCUUGGUAAUUGUUGUUCCAACUACCAUAAUCUGAUUCACGCUUUUCUUGUUGAGGGAUGCGGGUCAGCUAGGCAAAAUUCAUUUGAAUGCCUGCAGGAGAAUGACGAUCCUGAAUUUCGUGUUUGUUGCUGGAAUUCCAGAAGCUGCAUCGAGGAACGGCACCGUCAAAUGGAUCAAAGCGCAAACUCAAGCAGGCCAGACUUCUUACGUAGCCUCUAUGAGCCGACGUAGCCCACUUAAUGUAAGAAACAGAUAAUUCC